AUGACUGAAAAAUCAUCAGCUAAUGGUCUAACAUCCGAACAACAAUCGACAGCAACAAUAACGACGUGUUUGGGUAUUGGACGUGGAAAAGCACAGCCUGAAACGAAUAAUUAUGAACAACCAUCAGUUUCAAAAUGGAAUAGUACCGAUGGUAGUAUAUUGGGAGGCCACAGUUCGAACAGCGUUGGAGGUUUCGGUUCACGAAGCGGUGGCAGUGUUGGUGGCCGAAGCAGCCGCAGUGGUGAUGGAAGAUUUGGAUCGGAUAAUGAUGGUGUAAAAGCAUGUUAUAACUGCAAUAAGAUUGGUCACAUACGCCGAGAUUGUCCUGAGUUACGGAAAGAAAAUCGUGGUGGUCGCGGUGGUUUUCACUUAAGUAAUGAUAGUCGUAAAGUCAAAUUUAUAUUGGCAGCGAAUGAUGGAACUUCAUCAAUGCGUAUCACAAGUCGUAAUUCGAAAAAUCCAAAUGAAAAUAAUCAAGUUAAUAACAUUGAAACAAAACCAACUUCUAGUGGUAGAUUUCGAGGUAAUCGAGACAGUACUGAACGAGGAUUUAAUUCAAGCGAUCAUGAUAAGAUAAAGUUAGGUCAUCGUGGCCGCGGCAAUCACCACAAUGAUCAAUCUCGUGAUUAUCCUAAAAGAAGAAAACCUCAUGCUAGCAUUGUACAUUAUAUUCCACCACCUCCAUCAUCAACAGCAGGCGAUAUAUAUUAUGCAGAACUUACGGAAUACGCCAGUGUUGAAAGCAAUGAUCAAACAAUUAACCCAUGUAUAUCUGCAGACAAAAUAAAACCAAUUAAAUUAUUUCAAGAUGCUCUUCUAAAUACACAAGUUUUAUCAAAUAUUCAUCGUGCUCAUUUUGAAAAACCAACACCUAUUCAACGUUAUACAAUACCUUGUAUACAACAACAAAAUGAUCUAAUGACUUGUACUCAAACCAAAUCUGGUAAAAUAGAAUUAUCUGAAAAACAUCAAUUACCUUCACCACUUUGUCUUAUCCUUUCACCUUCACAUGAACUGGCUUUACAAAUAGAAUUCGAGGCAAAAAUAUUUGCAUAUCAAACCGUUUUGAUAGCUUGUCUGUUAAGUAGUGGUCAUGAUAUGUCUACGACUCUCCAAAAUGGUUGUCAUAUCUUAUCAACAACUAUCGAUUGUCUUAAAGAUAUGGUUGAAAAACAUCAAAUUUUAUUAAGAAAAAUCAAAUAUGUCGUUUUUGUUGAAGCCGAUCGAAUGUUCAAUCAAGAUUUUGAACGUGAUAUUCGUAAAUUAGAAGAACUUGGUCUACCACAAAAAGACAAACGUUUUACAUCAAUAUUUUCUGACACAUUUUCUCAAGAAUUACAAAACCUAGCUGCGCAAUAUCUCCGUGAAAGAUACAUAUUUCUUUCUGUCAAUACUAAUGAAGAUAUAACCCACACAAUCGAAGAAGUACGACAAGCAGAUAAAAAAGAUCGUCUUUUACAAUCAUUGGCACAAAAUCUCAAUUUAAAGCGGUGUUUAAUAUUUGUUGAAACAAUAGAGACAGCUGAUUAUAUCGAAACAGAAUUAACACAUAAAAAUCUAAUGAGUGUUGUAAUACAUGAUGAUCAACAUAGUGAAGCUUUACAAGGAUUUACAAAUGGAAAAUAUCAAAUUCUUAUUGCAACAUCAAUUGCUGCUUGUAAUUUAGAUUUUUCUUCAGUCGAUUGUAUUAUUCACUAUGAUUUACCAGAUUCGAUUGAUUUUUAUAUUGAUCAAUCAAUAUCAUUUUUUGAUCCAGACAGAAUUUCUGAUCGAAAAAUUGCAGCUGGUCUUCUAUCAAAAUUAACUGAAAUGGGUCAAGAAGCACCUGAAUUUCUUAAACAAUAUGCUGCUACUAGUGAUGAUACAACUUUUUCUAAUACAGUUGAAGAAGAUGAUGAAGAUGAAUGGGAAGAUGAAGAAGACUAG